UCUAGGGACAGAGCAACACGAAAGUUUUCUUCAAUAUUAAAAGUUAUAAUGGUCCUUGCAGUGGUCCUAAUUUCUGCAAUUUAUUUUACUUUUGGCUCUUUGGGGCAGGAGCAGGAAGUAAUAAGUGUGCAUUAGAAGUUGAUUUAUUUUUAAAAUUAAUUUCCCAUUCAAAUCCGACAGUCGUGCUAUCUCACGGAUGAAAUGGAAGAUGAGUGUGCUGCGGUUUGUUAUCCGAUCGUGAAGCCCCUGCUCCGGUACUUCGAAAAGUGCCAGGAGAAAGAAGUCCAGAGAUCGCAGUGGCAGGAUAGGUAUACGGCAGUUCUGAAAGAGUAUUCGGACUUGCAAAAGAAAUUCUAUGAGGCUCUGGUAAAAUACUCGUACUUGGAGAAGAGAUACUUGGCAGACCAUCAUGAAACUGAAGAGCAUAGGCUUAAAGAAAUUAAUAUUAAAUACGAAAAGUCAGAGUUGAGGAACCAACAGAAAGAUCGGGAUAUUGAGAGCCUGAAAGAUCAAAUUUUCAACUCAAAAAAAUCAAAUGAUAAGCCAAGACAACCCAGUAAUUUGGAUAAUAAAUCGCCAAACGCUCUUCAAGGUCUCCCAGAUCGCUGUCCUCGAAGACAAAAUGAAGACAGUAUCAUCCAAGAAAUCCAAAUCCCAGGAUCCGAUCCUUUUAAAGUGGUCUGUCAAUCAGAUCCGGACACGGGUGCUGGUUGGAUGUUGGUUUUCCAAAAAGUCCCCUACUCUUUUACGUUCAAUCGUACCUAUGAGGACUAGGACUACACCAAUGGCUUUGGAGAGGUCGGGUUAGAUUGGGGCACUGAGAUGUUCAUCGGACUGGAGCGGCUGCACCUUUUGACCAAUCGAGCGGCCCAUGAGGUCUUCGUAUACGUAUACCCGUACCCGACCAGCUUUCUAAUAUGCGACAGCUUUGUUGUGGGCCCCAAACACGAGGGAUAUAGGGUGAGAGUCGCUGACGGGUGUACUGGACACUACUGGCUUGGUGCUCCAACGGAGGGCAGCAAGUUCUCCACCUUUGACCGCGACGAAGUUGGGGAUCCUUAUUAUAACUGGGCGAAGAAUCAUGGCUUUGGCUGGUGGUACAAUGCUAAAGUUCCAAAGGAGCUACGAUAUGAACAUAUGACAGUUCUGAUCCGAAGAAAAGACUAAUCAAACAAACGAAAUUAUAUCCAAUCUAAAUAAAUACAAAUUCAAAUGUUAUUUUUCCACAACUUGAAACUGUAAUAAUUUUGAAUAAA